GAUGAUAUUUUCCAUUCGAAAAAGUCGAAAAAUUCAAAAUAUGGAAGGUGGACCUUAGCUAAGCAGUAAGAUGUAACAGAUGUUAAUUGGCACUUGGUGUUUGAUGUUAAGUUGAAUAUUCUGCUCAACAUUAAUUUUUUUUGUACUAAAAAACGGUUUAUCCCACAGAACAGUAACUCGACCAUUAUGUUUCUUCUAACAGUUAGUUACCCCAUGUAUUACGCGCUUUUUCCAAACCUCGCGUAAUUAGCCCAGAUCCUUUUGAUUUCAAUGCAUCAAGAUAUCGUUUUUUCACACUGGACGGCCAUGGUGCAAUUAACAGAGAGUACAGAGCGUGGGUUGGAUUUGCUAACGGACUAGGCAUGUAUCGUAUCCGCGACGUAGGAUCGAACGAUACCGCAAAACAAGUUGCAUAGAAAAACGUUCCGCAGCUAGAUUCACGGUCUGUAUGUCGUAAUCGCUAAUUAUAUCUGUUUCUAUAAAAAUGACCAUUCGUUCGGCCGGUCAGUUCGCGUCGAACAUGCUCCGGUGUACGAUCUUCGUCGUACAGCUCUUUGGUCUUCUGGCCACAUGCUGUUGCACCUUGCUAUAUAGAAACACGUAUAACGAGGCGCCGACUCCGAUCAAUUGCAGUCAGGGUAAGAAUUCUACCGAAUGUAUAACCAGGACUAUGCAGCAUACUGAAGAUAGAAGGAAUGAAGUAUCGGGUAGAGAAUCCAGGAUGAUUGAGAAAGAAGAACUGGGGAACGCUAACUCUGGUGUCGAACAGGUUACUGGACGAAGAAAAAAAAACAGAGGGUAUGGACAGAUGUUGCUGUAUUUCUUAGGUGCGUCUAAGCUGACUAUGCUUUACGUAUUAAUUAAUGCUGUUGCUGCGAUUGCUGGGAAAGCCCUAAUUGUAGGCAAAGUUGCUCUAGUGAUUGCAGCCGCGGUCGCAUUAAAGAAAGCUUUUGAACACAAAGAGAAAGUAUCGUACGAGAUAAUCAAACAUCCAUAUCAUAGUUACGAGCAUAGUUUCAGCACAGACGUGGACUACGACCAUCAGGGUGGAUUUGGAGAAUAUGGUUAUAACUAUCGGAAACGACGAAGAAUUUUCUACUAAG